UUGCAAAAGGCGUGACGUCAUGGUCGUUUGAACCGAGACGCGUCGCUGCGUCACGUUGUGCGCGACGCCGUCACUGUGCUCGGCAUGGCCUCCACACGAGGCCGCGAGGUGGCGACCGCUGCUCUACGACUGCUCCGUUGGUCCGUGCUGCUGCCUCCCAAGCGCAGCUUCCACGUCUGGGCACGCAGGCUGCUGGGCCCUCACCUGCUGGGGACUGUCGGGGCCUUGGCAGGAGCCUCCCUCUGUGCUGUCCCAGUCCUCCCUAUCCCUGAGGCAAACUCUCUGAGUCAAGAGACACUGCUUAAAAGGGCCGCCUCCUUGGCCACAGAUGGAGCCACUGCCUUUCUCUCUCAGGCCGCGCUGGCCCUCUUGGAUUCCCUCGACAGAUACACCAAGGCCUUACACACGAUGGGAUCGCUUUCGCAGCAGUACGUGGACCUGAUGGCCCAGCUCAGCUCGAAGGACGAGGAGUCUGUCUGGAACCUUAUUGUUGAAGCUCGCUCAGAGGUCAUCCGGCGGCAGGAUGAGUGUCAGAAGAUGGAGGAGACGUGGACUGCGGCGCUGUACCUCUCGAAAGGGGCAGCCGAAGCUGCCUUCAAAGCAGGUGUGGAAAUGGCGGCAAAAGUAGCACUCACUCACCUGCAACUGCUGCAGGAGCAGUUGGAGGAGGCUCAUGCCCUGGCCAGGGCGGCUGAGACGAAGGUGGCCAAGGUGCAAGUGGGUGAGAUCCAGCGCACAGCAUUGCUGGCAAAGCAGAAGGAGGCCGGCAGCAAGGGUUCCUCCCCGCAGGUCAAAUCCUCUCAGCCCGCGUACCUGCAGGAAGAGGAACUCCCAGAGCAGUACCUUCGUGAGGAUUGAGCCAGAGGUCGCCCGGUGGCUUAGGGAAGCUAAUGUCAUGCACGUCAAUAUGUGUAGAGUCAGAGGUUAAUAUAGAUUCUUUUUUUUCACAAUUUAGGCGAAUUAUAUGCAAAUGACGGGGGGCGCGGUGGGGCAAGUGAUCAGCGUGCUGCGCUGUGAACCCGAAUAGCUUGAGUUUGUUUGCCGGCGAUUGCUAACAGCCGUGGCGAGCGAUAUCUAAACCAGGCCCCGGACUCCCCUUCACCAACCUACACUGAUAAGCUUGGUGAAAGAUGGUCAAAUAGGUGUGGGGAGGCCUCCAUCCAGCAGUGGAUUGAUAAAGGGCUCUAAGUUGCAUGCAAGCGACAGUCUAAUGGAGGUAACACUGCUGUAUUAAUGAGACAGGAUAAAUUUGAAUUAUUACAAACAAGACCAUAAAAAUUAGAUAAAAGAAUUGGAAUUUGCUGUUCUUUGCACCCCUGUAUAAUGACUGAGUGAAAUGGCUGUUGGGGUGAGAUGUUUACAUGCCAAGCUGAUGCCGUGUUGGAGCGUUGAGCUCAGCACUGCUGAGAUCUUGAGUUCAAGCCCAGGAGACAUAGCCCCGUGAUUAACCAUGAUGCUCAAAUUUAGCGAGUUGAGUUUCAACCAAUGGCUGCACAUUCAAAAAAUCCAAACUGUAAAAUGUUCAAUCUUGACUUAAAGCUUUCGUGACUGCAGGAAUUCAUAUUAUUGGGUCUUUCGGUAAAGCCACGUACAUAGAUCAAAUAAUGAAAAUAAUAUCCCGCGAUAUUUCUCACUUGAUGACGAUUGCUUGUGUUGCGAUCGAAACGUCGUGAUAUUAUUUUAUCUGUAAAAUGUAAUUAUCUAAAUUAUGGCAUAUUCACCUGUGUACUCAAUCUGGAAAAGCAUUGUUAAUUUGUCAACAGGAAAUUGCAGUGGCGCGAAUUUGUUUAUGGGCUUUACACGAAGAUAUUGCUGCCCCAGUUAAAGCACCUGCUAAGUGCUAAGCCGCCCCAGAGGGGACCCCCUUGUAAUGUGAGACACGGGGUCCAAAUUAUCAUCAUGUUCCAAAAGUUUAACAUUGCAGUUUGAUAGUUUUGUGAAGGAGUGGUAUGAUGUUGCUCUACGCGUAGCAUCCGUUCCCCUCUCAGGUUUUGAUACGCCGUUAUUGUUUGACAAGUUACUAAUGAAAAUGCCCGCAACUGUCGAUUAGGAUUUAAUUUUCUUUGUUUAUUCUGUUGGAGAAAAAAAACAAUAAACGACGUUUUUCAGAGUUUUCUGUUUAUAUUUAGAACGUUCUGCUUUGCUGCGCUUAUUUAAACUGAGUUGUCAAUUUGUGAGAGACUCUUGAUCUCAUUCGGCUCUUAACUAGCUAUGAGUGGAUAAUUUAAAGACAUUGGUUUGAUUGACAUGCAACGGACACUGCAGGGCACAUAAAGUGCUUUUCCAUAGUGUGCAUGAACAAAGCAAUUGAAGUGACUUCAAGAGUGGUCAUCCUAUUGCAAGGUGGUACACUGCUUUCUUUGGGAGUUCCGUAUCGGAACUUGCUACAUGACAUGCUGCUGAAAACACAGUUGCAAACCAAAAGGGGAGAAAACUAAAUGCAAAAAGAGAGAAGACUGAACAAGGACCCACAUCAAGACAAACUUGUAGGUUUUAAAGGUAAAAAAACACAACCCACAAAUACGUGGUUCUUACCUUGCAGGCGACCUGAGAUACCUGUCCAAAGCUGUCAUAACGAGUUGUAAUACCCAGUGAUUGCGAAUAUAUAACUUUAAAGUGACUUUUGCAUACCAUAAGAGCGCUCUAGUAGCAUCACUGCAUUGGUAUUAAUAGAUAGGAUGGCAAUGCUGCAGUGAUGUAACCAGAGCCUGCUAUGGGGAACGUGUGUGGCUGAAAGUCCCUUUUAAAGUGUGUUUUCUUCCCACUCGUGCUGAACAGCUUGGGGCCACAGCCUCGGUGUUUUUCUGUGAACUCCGAGUCAAUGAAAUCUCAUGGGAAAAGUCCCAGCCGCUGAGGCAAAUGUUAUAGUCUACAAGCCUCGGUAAACCACAGCUGGAUAAUGAAUGUGAACUGUUGUGAAAUAGCAUUAUCAUGGUGUUACGCAUUCACUUUUGCGCUUAAUAAUUGACACGUUUCUUACGUUUUUUGGAUUAAAUAAAAAUCUGAAUAUGCAUUGCCACCGUAAUCUCAAGAUGUAAGUAAUAGAUUCAUCUUCGACAUUCCACUCGAUUUAUUCUGAAAAUCUGGCUGUGCCUGAUGAUGCUCCUUGUAAUUACUGAUGAUGCUCCUUGUAAUUACUGAUGAAACGUCAUACUCAGAUUAUAAAUGUUGUGGAUUUCCUCCAACACACCGGUGUGCUGUACUAGUUAUAAAUUGUCGUAUAUGUGUGGCAAACCUUACUGAUUGGCAGUGUUGGGUGCUGGCGGGUUUAACGACAUGUACACGAUCUAACCUAAAAAAAACCUGUAUUAUGGAUGAUAUUGGUCGUGAAAGCCUACAUGUUAAACCGAUUUAUUCUCUUUGCAGAAACUGCAUCAAUGUUAUGACAGGUGGAUGAGAGCUCCCACUAACAACGAUCAACUUCGUUUUGAUGGAGCCAUCCAGCUAUACCGUGUUGUCAGCCAGAAUGUGUUCCGCUCGCGGAUAAACCCGUGGUGCCAAAACCGUGACUCAAUCCACGUGUGGCUGCCAGUCAGUUCAAAGUGCAACUCGAUAGAGAGGCAAAUCAUUUGUAACUUUGUGGUAUACAUUUUAUCCGCAAUAGAAACUGCUUAAGUGGACGGAGCCCCGGUACGAGCACUUCCAGGGCGCUCCCACAGAUUUCUUUUUUUAUCCUAAAUAUCUCGGCCAACCAGCGCAAGUGAACCGGGCGAGUGACCACCACACGGUGUAACUUGCGGUUAUCUGCGGCCAUGUGAAUAUUUAACUUUUGUGGCUCGCAGGGUAAUAAGGUUUGCCCACCCCUGAUCUCUACUUUAGCCAGGACAUGUGCCCACCUCCCCUGAAGGUGACAGAUUUAGCCUGAGCACCGCAACCACAGAAAAGCAAUGUAACGGGUUUAAAUGUCAUUCAUGUUCAGCGCACUUCAAUGCCAACCAACAUUUAGAGAGCGUGUCGACCAUAGAGCUGUGGUCUUAAGUGCAAGUAAUGUGGUCUGCUGCAGGAUAACUAGAUUAUGGAGACAUGUUCUGCAGAAAUACCAGCAAUAGAGAAGUGUCUAGUUCAUCUGCCUCUGGUGAUCAGGUAAAUGUUUGCUCCGUUGAAAAAUAAUUAUCAAAAUUAAAAUAAUAAACGUAGAGUUUACAUUCUGCCCCGAACACUAACAUUUCCUCCACGCUUAAAAAGCCAUACUUCUCAUUUUCUGAUCACCACUCUUAAACCUUCAGUCGCAUUCCCUUGUUUUACAGCACCUUAAACCAAAAUUAAGUUGUCGCUUAUUACAUUGUGCGAUGCUGCAGUCAGAUCACGUGGGUGUCGGUGUUGCCUAGAGGGCAAUGUCUCUGCUGUCGAAAUAAACGAUCGCUUAAAAUGUU